AUGGCCCCAUGUCCUCUUGUCCCGUUUAGCUCUGGGUGGCCUUACUCCGGCUGUGGUUGUCGGUUAUUGAAGUUUGGUCUUCAUGCUCAGAACCCUACCAAACCAGGAGAGAGACACACAAAAGAAAGAAUGGCUGCAGGAUUGCUGACAACCUGGUCACAGGACUUGGUGACCUUCGAGGAAGUGUCAGUGGACUUCUCACAGGAGGAGUGGGCCCUGCUGGCCCCUGCUCAGAAAAUCCUGUACAGAGAUGUGAUGUUGGAGAACUUUAGAAACCUGGCCUCAGUGGGGUAUCAUCUCUGCAAACACAGUUUGAUCACUGAGGUGGCGCAGGAAGAGCCGAGGCCAGAGGGGAGAGGAAUUUUCCAAAGUGCUUGUACAGAUGGGGCUACUCAACUUAAAUCAAAAGAUGUAAUUCUCAUGCAGAAUGUUCCUGGAGAAAAAACUGCCAAUGGCAUAAAAAUGGCACCAACCCACCCUGGUGAGAAACCAUUGGAACGUAAUCAUUGUAGAAAAUUCUUCAGAAAGAAUUAUUGCCUUAUUCAUACAAGAUAUUGCAAGGGCGAGAAAUGCUAUGAAUAUAAAGAAUAUGGGAAAGACUUUGGCCAUCCCUCAACUCUUAGGAGUCAUGUGAGUACUCACAUUGGAGAGAAAAUUCUUGAAUUCAGUGAUUGUGGAAAAACUUUCAAUCAAGAGUCAUCCCUUAGGAAAGACUUCAGAACUCUCACAGGAGAAAAAUCUAAGUGUAAUCAACAUCUUAUGUCCUUCAAAUUACACUCUUCCUUCUCAAUAUGUAUAAGACCUCACACUGGAGAGAAAGCUUAUGAAUGUAAGGAUUGUGGGAAAGCUUUUGUUUUUCAAUCUUCCCUUAAGAAACACGUAAGAUCACACACUGGAGAGAAACCUUAUGAGUGUAAUCACUGCGGAAAAUCCUUCAGCCAGAGCUCUCAUCUUAACGUUCACAAAAGAACUCACACUGGAGAGAAACCUUAUGACUGUAAGGAAUGUGGCAAGGCUUUCACUGUUCCUUCAUCCCUUCAGAAACAUAUGAGAACCCAUACUGGAGAGAAACCCUAUGAAUGCAGUGACUGUGGGAAAGCCUUUAUUGAUCAGUCAUCCCUUAAGAAACAUACCCGAUCUCACACUGGAGAGAAACCUUAUGAGUGUAAUCACUGCGGAAAAUCCUUCAGCACAGGCUCUUAUCUCAUUGUGCACAAGAGAGCCCACACUGGAGAGAAAACCUAUGCAUGUAAAGAAUGUGGGAAGGCCUUUAGGAAUUCCUCUUGCCUAAGAGUGCAUAUGAGAACUCACACAGGGGAGAAGCCUUAUAAAUGUAUCCAAUGUCGGAAAACUUUCACUCAAAUGUCAGUUCUUACUCAACAUAUAAGAACACACACUGGAGAGAAACCUUUUAACAAGCAACCCUAUAAAUGUAAAGAAUGUGGGAAAGACUUCCAUCAAUCCUCAGACCUCAUUGAACAUAUGAAAACUCACACUGGAGAGAAACCCUAUGAAUGUAAGGAAUGUGGGAAAGCCUUUGGAGCGUCCUCACACCUGCAUCAUAUGAGAACACACACUGGGGAGAAGCCUUUUAAGUGUGACAAAUGUGGGAAGGCCUUUGCUGCUUACUCAUAUCUUAGUAACCAUUUCAGAACUCACACUGGAGAGAAGCCUUUUAAGUGUGACACAUGUGGGAAAACCUUUGUUCAAUCCUCAGGCCUUUCUCAACAUAAGAAAACUCACACUGGAGAAAAACCUUUUAAAUGUGACACAUGUGGGAAAACCUUCAGUCAAUCCUCAUACCUUUCUCGACAUAUGAGGACACACACUGGAGAGAAGCCUUAUAAAUGUGAUACAUGUGGGAAAGGCUUUGGGUUUUCUUCUAUUCUUCGUAGACAUUUACAGUCUCAUACUGGGGAGAAGACUGCUAAAUGUGAAAAAUGUGGGAAAACCUUCACUCGAGCCUCAGGCCUUACUCAACAUAUGACAACACACACUGGAGAGAAGCCUUAUAAGUGCGACAAAUGUGGAAAGGCCUUUGCUGAUUCCUCGUGUCUUACUAAACACAUUAGAACUCACACUGGAGAGAAGCCUUUUAAGUGUGACAAAUGUGGGAAGGCUUUUGCUGUUUCCUCACGCCUUAUUGAACAUAUGAAAACUCACACUGGAGAGAAGCCUUUUAAGUGUGACACUUGUGGGAAAACCUUCACUCGAUCCUCAGGCCUUACUGAACAUAUGAAAACACACACUGGAGAGAAGCCUUUUAAGUGUGACACAUGUGGAAAAACCUUCACUCGAUCUUCAGGCCUUACUCGACAUAUGAAAAUUCACACUGGUGAGAAGCCUUUUAAAUGUGACACGUGUGGGAAAGCCUUUGCUUCUUCUUCCCACCUUAUUAGACAUUUACAGUCUCAUACUGCACAGAAGACUAUUAAAUCAACCAGGCCAGUAGCAAACCAAGCCCACGAGGCGGAA